GGGAGCGGGAGGAGGAGCCGGAGGAGGAGCGGCCGCCGCCGCCACCGCCGCCGCCAUAGAGACUGUAGCCGUGGAGACUGUUACUUACCAACGGGGACCAACACGCAGCAGCCGCCGCCGCCGCCGCGGGAGCCGCUGCCCGAACUCCCGGCCCGAACUCCAGAACUGAGCAUGCAGAAUUCAGAGGGUGGAUCCGAUUCGCCGGCUUCUGUGGCUCUGUGUCCGUCGGCGGCAGCCCAGGCGCCAGUGGCCCAGCCCAUCCCCGCCUCCCCGCAGAGGGUGCUGGUCCAGGCGGCGGGCUCGGCUCCCAAGGGGGCCCAGAUGCAGCCGAUCUCCGUCCCCAGAGGCCAGCAGGUGCCACAGCAGGUCCAGGCUGUGCAGCAUGUGUACCCCCCGCAGGUGCAGUAUGUGGAAGGGGGCGACGCCGUCUACGCCAACGGAGCCUUACGGACGGCCUAUGCCUACAACCCCGAGCCUCAGAUGUAUGCCCCCAGCAGUGCCGCCUCUUACUUCGAGGCCCCGGGCGGCGCCCAGGUGACUGUGGCAGGCUCCUCCCCGACAGCGGUCCCCUCCCACAGCAUGGUGGGCAUCGCCAUGGAUGUCGGGGGGAGCCCCAUCGUCUCCAGCGCAGGAGCCUAUCUCAUCCACGGGGGCAUGGACAGCACAAGACACUCUCUGGCCCACACUUCCCGCUCAUCGCCAGCUACGCUUGAAAUGGCGAUUGAAAAUCUCCAAAAAACGGAAGGGAUCACUUCACACAAAAGCGGUUUACUCAACAGCCAUCUGCAGUGGCUCUUGGACAAUUACGAAACGGCCGAGGGCGUGAGUCUCCCCAGAAGCUCCCUCUACAACCAUUACCUCCGGCACUGCCAGGAGCACAAGCUGGACCCCGUGAACGCCGCCUCCUUCGGGAAGCUCAUCCGCUCCGUGUUUAUGGGCCUGCGGACGCGGCGGCUGGGCACCAGGGGCAACUCCAAGUACCAUUACUACGGGAUCCGUCUCAAGCCAGACUCGCCCCUGAACCGGCUGCAGGAGGACACCCAGUACAUGGCCAUGCGCCAGCAACCCAUGCACCAGAAGCCCAGGUACCGGCCAGCCCAGAAGACGGACAGCCUUGGCGAGAGCGGCUCGCACGGCAGCCUGCACAGCACGCCCGAGCAGGCCAUGGCCGCCCAGAGCCAGCACCACCAGCAGUACAUAGAUGUCUCCCACGUCUUCCCCGAGUUCCCGGCGCCCGACCUGGGCAGCGUCCUGCUGCACGAGAGCAUCACACUGCAUGACGUCAAGGCCCUGCAGCUGGCCUACCGGCGCCACUGCGAGGCCACUUUAGAUGUCGUCAUGAACCUGCAGUUCCACUACAUCGAGAAGCUCUGGCUGUCCUUCUGGAAUUCUAAAGGCUCGUCCGGCGACGGCCCCGCCUCCCUCCCAGCCAGUGACGAAGAACCCGAAGGCGCCGUCCUCCCGAAGGACAAGCUGGUGUCCCUGUGUAAAUGCGACCCCAUCCUCAAGUGGAUGAGGAACUGCGAUCACAUCCUGUACCAGGCGCUGGUGGAGAUCCUCAUUCCCGAUGUGCUGCGGCCGGUGCCCAGCACCUUGACACAGGCGAUCCGAAACUUUGCCAAGAGCUUGGAAGGCUGGUUGACAAACGCCAUGAGCGACUUCCCACAGCAGGUCAUCCAGACCAAGGUUGGCGUGGUCAGCGCCUUCGCCCAGACGCUGCGCCGCUACACGUCGCUCAACCACCUGGCGCAGGCGGCACGCGCGGUGCUGCAGAACACUUCCCAGAUCAGCCAGAUGCUCAGCGACCUCAACCGCGUGGACUUCGCCAACGUGCAGGAGCAAGCGUCGUGGGUGUGCCAGUGCGAGGAGAGCGUGGUGCAGCGGCUGGAGCAGGACUUCAAGCUGACCCUCCAGCAGCAGAGCUCCCUGGACCAAUGGGCCAGCUGGCUGGACAACGUGGUCACCCAGGUCCUGAAGCAGCACGCGGGCAGCCCCAGCUUCCCCAAGGCCGCCCGGCAGUUCCUGCUCAAGUGGUCCUUUUACAGCUCCAUGGUGAUCCGCGACCUCACGCUGCGCAGCGCCGCCAGCUUCGGCUCCUUCCACCUCAUCCGGCUGCUGUACGACGAGUACAUGUUCUACCUGGUGGAGCACCGCGUCGCCGAGGCCACCGGCGAGACGCCCAUCGCCGUCAUGGGCGAGUUCAACGACCUCGCCUCUCUGUCACUGACACUGCUCGACAAAGAUGACAUCAGCGAAGACCGGGGCAGCGAGGCCGACUCGGACGCCCGCGGCCUGGGCGAGCCCCUGGUGAAGCGCGAGCGCAGCGACCCCGCCCACCCCCUGCAGGGCAUCUAGCCAGGGCCCCGCUCCGGACCGACUCCUCGAGCCCCACCGGACAGUGCCUCUCAGACGAAGUGACCUUCCUGCCGCACGGCGUCCCACAGGACACACUCUUGCUCCAGAAGCACAGCUGUCCACCAGGCGGAGUGGCGCGGGCCCCGGGCGCCGCCCAGCUGUCUCCUCCCGGCUCCGAAUGUUCUGGUUCUCCCCCUGCUGGACCGUGUGGGGCGUCCACACAUCCCGCCGUGGGGGCUGGAUCAGCCGGGGCCUCCGCCUGGCAGCUCCUCCAUCCAGGCUUCACCAUAAUGUUAAAACAACUCAGCGGAUCCCCGGAGGAAGGAUGUCCUGCGGCUGUGGGGCAGGGCCAGGCUGGUGGCGGCCACAGGGCCCUGGUGCCCCUGCGGUGGGAAGGGACCGUCACACUGCUGUGCCCCGAGGUCCCUCGUGGACGGACCGCGCGCGGCCCCCUGCCCUGCCCAACCCCCGGGAGCCCCGUAUCUAGACGCCAAAGGUUUCCAGAAGCAGCUCCCGCUUGGCUCAAAGAAGAAGUCACGGAAGCGGGCCCACUCAUGCCAAGACACGGUGGUGUCUUUAAAAAUCAAACCAGAUUUAUCAGCGACGCAAAGGUCUGGACUCUGUCCAUGUUCACGGCCAACGUCAAGCCAAACCGCUGGGUCUGGACCGAGCUUGUUCCCAAGGGGCCGGGCGGUCAGCAUCCAGCGGCGCCUCCAGAGGGCGGCCACGCCGCCAAGCCUGUGCCCAAACAGCCGUGCCUGCAUCCCACUCCACAGAAUCUUCCAGAACGCCGCCGAGUCCGCGAUCCUGGAACCCUGUGACCCCGCGCAAGUCCCAUCUUAAACUGCUCAAGUCGAAACUCUGCUCUGGGGACAAACGGCUCCUGAGGCCUCACACCCGGGACCCAUCUCCAUCCUCACACGUGGCACCAGCUUGUGCAGUUCUGUCCCCACACCAGCCGCAGGAGAAGGGACAGCCGUCUGGUCCAGGACGCACCGCCUUGUGACAUGCAAUCAUUUCUCUUUUUGGAAAUACGUUGAUACCAAUAGUUUUGUGCUGUUAUUAGAACAUUUCUUAUGAAUGUGCAUAUUGCAA